GCCAUUUCUCCAGCCAGUUACUCACCAUUGCCUUCCCUCUCAACUCCUUUUCUCAAGAAAGAUCGCUUCAAAGGUCUUUGUAGGAGGUACUAGCUGUUGUUAAGUUUGCAUCUUCUGAGACAAAACCACAGCGAUGGAUAUAUGAUUAAAGUUCACUGUAUGUCACUUUCGCCAUGAAACAUGUGAGGGCAUUCAUAAGCAUUAUAAACUAAAAUAUGUUUUCCUUAUUAAAGCAAAUGUGUGUCACAUAUAGUGUUCUUAAGAAGGAACGAUUUGGUGUCUUUUGGUUGUAUUCCUGCUAUUCUACAUCUAUGAAUGUCCUUCGGUAAUUCUACUUCUUUUGGGUGCAUGAGUAUCAUCAAUUUUGGGGAGACACGUUGAAGUUAAAAGUGUUGCAAAACAUGUGAUGGUUGUUGCUUAUGACACUUGUGGAGUUCACGACCCAAGUAAGGAGUUUCUUUUUUGCAGGGCUCUCAUUCUACACGACAGAAAAUGCCUUAUCAGAAGCCUUCUCACAAUUUGGCCAAGUAAUUGAAGCUAAAAUAAUAAUGGAUAGAGUCUCUGACAGAUCGAAAGGUUUUGGCUUUGUUACAUAUGCAUCUGAAGAUGAAGCCCAGAGAGCUAUUACAGAAAUGAAUGGCAAGGUAUUAAAUGGGCGAAUCAUAUUUGUUGAUACUGCAAAAUCCAAGGCACGCUUUGAUGAUGGUGGCAGGCCCGUUGCAAGAGGGCCUCCAUCGCUUCUAAAUGAUGAUUGAAAGAACAUACAUACUUGUAAUAGACUGCAAAGUUACAUUUCCAUAAAUUCAAUCAAAAUUUCCUUC